AUGGGUCUCUCCGACUUGUUGACCAACCAGCCGUGCUCGCGCCUGGAGUCUCUGCCCGUCGAAAUCUUGCAGUUGAUCUUCCUUCAUAGCUUAGAGGUCAACCUUCCGCGCUCCUCACCACGUCUUGGUCAUGCUUUAUCUUCACCUUUGCUAUACACGUGGCUCAUUCGCCUUGCGUUCAGCAGUAUCAACCCCGGCUCGCGGGAGGGAUUCUUUACCCCGGACUUCUUACCACCGCCGCUGGAUUUCUGGGCGUUGUCCUGGGAAGAGCGCCAACAUUUACAGACUGCGCUGUUAGCGUGCCGCUGGUGCACGUUUCCAUUGAUGCGAAGGUGUCAACGGGAAUAUGUCAGCCAUGCCAUCUCGCGCAAAUGUGCCUCUCUAGUCUUUCACGAGGAGGACCAAGCUUUGCUGUCAAACUUGGAUACUCGAUUUGAGAACCUGGAGGAUUGCGACUGGGCUCCAGACGGGAAGCGCGGCAAAGGGGACAUUGUGAUUCCUGCUCAACUGGAAGAAAGCUUACGCACUCCGUCGUCCAAGAGCGUCGACCGCAAAGUCGCAAUUUGGUUCCAUUUCGGCGCUGUUCAGAUCCGCGAGCCCAACGAGAUAUACUAUGAAAACGACCUUUUCCGAUUACCAUGCUCAGUUGCUAUCAAGCCAGGUCGUAUCCCGGAUAAAGUCUUGCGUCUGCCUUGGUCAGACGCGCAGUUUUCGUUUCUACACUUGCUGUCUACGGAUUUCUACCUCGACGAGGAUGAUUUCAGCCCAGAGCGCUCGCCCGACAUCACACAUCGCCUUAUCCGGAAACGCAAUAUCGAGCCUUUCCGCCGGUUGCUACGCAUGCCUUUUCGCUCUGCUAAUUGCAGGGUCCCUGCGCGGUGGCCCCUGCAGCCUGCCCACUACUCUUUGGCCAGACGUUAUGGGAGUGGGUCCGGCGAUCCCUUUAUCAACUUUAUUCUCGAGGAGCGCUGGGACGAUAUCCCCACAGAAGCCAAGCAGGAACUCUUGCGAUAUGUUGAGUCGCCACCGCUACGAGAUAGAGCCUGA